CGCUUUAUUUAAUUUGUUUUUCUUUUACAUACGGUGCGUUAUAAUUUAUGCGUCCAAAAUGUCAGGCCUCGUUUUUCCCGCGAGUAGCUCAAAUUUGUAUUUAUUGUCAAAUGGAUAAGACUCCACCAGACCGUUGUAAGAAAUAGUCAAAAUAUAGUCAGUGUUGUCGUAGUUUAUCUUUUAAAAUGGUUAGAUUACUUGCAAGUACGUCAAAAGAAAUAUUCUGAAUUGUUUUACAGGGAAAAUCUGAAUCGUAACAACUUUCAUUUAUUGUUGGCAUAAUUUUUGUAUACCAAUAACUGAAAACCAAAAAGCUAACACUGAGUUCAUCUAACUGAAGUUGCAGUCAUUGUGGUAUAUAGGUUCAGAGAGAUUUUUAGAUACGACUUGUCGCAAUUCAAUUGGAGCUUCGGCGUUUAUGACAGGGCCAUAAAAAACGUGGCCUAAACAAACAAACCAAGCAGAAUGGGGGGAAAACUAUUAUUCAUGCCCAAAAGUCGCAGCCGAGGGGCUCAAAUAAGCCCAGAGAUUGGAAAAUUAACAUAAUUGCAGUAAUAACUGAGUUGGUUCCCUUGGGGGCUGCGAGUGCGUUACCCGCCCCAAGUGGGGCGUGGUAAAUGGGCGUGGCUCAGUCAUUCGUUUGCGGCAUGUCCACACCUGAGCAACGUUUUUGGUUGGCGGCCUUGCUGUUCCUCUUGAGUCAGCAUUCCGGAGUUCGCGGAUUCGGAAUAAAUCUGAUGAAGGUUCAAACCGAGGAUAAAGGACAGGAGGCUUGCGUCCUGGCAUUGCUGCGGAAGUAUUUCGAUUCUGGUGAUGGACUCUCGGGCUCAGUACUGUGCAUCAAUCGCAACUAUCAGUUGCCCAAUAUCGAAGAGCAGUUACUAAGAGGAAUGAACAAUUACGAGAAUUAUCCUUGGAGCCUUUUGAUAACGAACUCCAGGGAGGGCCCUUCACCAGCGAAGUUUCUUAUGAACGAGAAGCCACAGUGCUAUUUCCUCAUUGUGGAUAACCUGGAGGAUGAGGACCUAGAUGAGGUGUUUGAGCAUUGGAAAGGUAUGGUCAACUGGAAUCCCUUGGCACAAUUCGUCGUCUAUCUGGCCAGUUUGGAGGAAACGGACGAGGAGAUGACCGACCUAAUGGUGGAACUUCUUCUUACAUUUAUAAACAAGAAGAUCUUCAACGUGAAUGUUAUAGGGCAGAGCGAGGAAAACCAAUUUUACUACGGCAAAACAGUUUUUCCCUACCAUCCGGACAAUAAUUGUGGUAAUCGCGUGAUAUCUGUGGAACUACUGGAUGCCUGUGAUUAUCCAAGUGAAGAACCGGAGAGCGAGGAUGAAAAUGACGGAGAGGAGGGAGAUGGAGCUCAGGAAGGGGGAGAUGAUCCCCAGGAGGAAGGAAAUGGAGACCAGGAGGAGGAAGAUGGACCGCAAGAGCAGGAAGAUGGAGACCAGGCGGAGGCAGAUGAAGGUCAGGGGGAUGAAGAUCAAGGCCAGGAGAAUGAUGACGGUGGCCCGGAAAAUAAGGUAGAAAAUGAAUUCCCUAUUGGGGUUAAUGAUGAUGAUGAAGUUAAGAAUGAUUUGAGUUCCAAUUCCUCCGAGCCAGAAGCUAUUAUCGAGGAAUUUUUUCGGGCCAAGUUCGAGGAUAAAUUCCCACGCGACCUCAGUGGAUGUCCUCUCACAGCAUCGUUUCGUCCAUGGGAACCAUAUAUUUUUCGCAACAGCGAGGAGCAACCCGUGGAUGACUACUACUACGGUUUGCAAGGGGAUGGAGAUGACUACAACGACACAUCUCCCAAUUAUGGAGAAUCGGAGGACGAAAGCUAUGCUGAUCCAGGGGAGGACGGUGAUGGAGGCAUCCCAGACACAGAAACUCAGUCCGGUGGAAAGCUCAAGUUGAGUGGAAUCGAGUACGAAAUGGUGCAGACCAUCGCCGAGCGUCUGCACGUUAGCAUCGAAAUGCAGGGCGAAAACAGCAAUUUGUACCACCUUUUUCAGCAACUGAUCGAUGGUGAAAUAGAGAUGAUAGUCGGUGGAAUAGAUGAGGAUCCGAGCAUCAGUCAGUUCGUUUCCAGUUCCAUUCCUUAUCACCAGGACGAACUCACAUGGUGUGUGGCCAGGGCAAAGCGCAGACAUGGAUUCUUCAAUUUCGUGGCCACUUUCAAUGCGGAUGCUGGCUUCCUGAUUGGAAUCUUUGUGGUGACAUGCUCUCUGGUUGUUUGGUUGGCCCAACGCGUAUCAGGCUUUCAAUUGCGGAAUCUCAAUGGAUAUUUCCCCACCUGCUUGAGGGUAUUGGGAAUCUUGCUUAACCAGGCCAUUCCGGCACAGGAUUUUCCAAUUACCUUAAGGCAAUUGUUUGCGCUUUCUUUUCUAAUGGGCUUCUUCUUUAGCAACACAUAUCAGAGUUUUCUGAUCAGCACACUGACAACUCCACGUAGUUCCUAUCAGAUCCACACUCUGCAAGAGAUCUAUAGCAAUAAAAUGACCGUGAUGGGCACCUCCGAGCAUGUCAGACACCUGAACAAGGAUGGGGAGAUCUUCAAGUACAUACGCGAAAAGUUUCAGAUGUGCUACAAUUUAGUGGACUGCCUCAAUGAUGCAGCUCAAAAGGAACAUAUCGCCGUUGCUGUUUCCAGGCAGCACUCUUUCUACAAUCCGCGAAUCCAACGAGAUCGUCUCUACUGCUUCGAUCGCCGAGAAUCCCUCUAUGUGUAUUUGGUUACCAUGCUACUGCCGAAGAAGUACCAUCUGCUGCACCAGAUAAACCCGGUGGUUCAGCAUAUCAUCGAAUCGGGUCAUAUGCAAAAGUGGGCUCGUGAUUUGGACAUGCGACGCAUGAUUCACGAGGAGAUAACUAGGGUGCGAGAGGAUCCUUUCAAGGCUCUCACCUUUGAUCAGUUUCGCGGAGCCAUCGCAUUUUCCGGGGGACUUUUGUUGGUUGCCAGCUGCGUUUUUGCCUUCGAGUUGUGCUUCGUUAAAUAUGUUCAUCGAUCUGAAAAUAGGAAUAGAAAAACGAAAAAAUCAAGAAAAAAAGUGCAUAAUAUUAAAAUUCAACAUGAUUAGAGAUUGAAGUGGCGAAUAUGACAUUUCUAUGAUAAUUGGCAUACAAAAUAAAAAAAUAAUCAAAAAUCGAGCUACAUUACAAGGUAGUAAUAAAAUAAUUGCAUUUAUAAUGA